AUGCCGUGGCUCUUGCCUCUGGUCGUUUUUGGCCUGGUUUGGGGCGAAUUUCCCCCGAAAUUGCCGGAAGAUUUCUUUGAUAAGGUGAAAGCAGUGAUCGACAGAUGCGAGGAGGUCACUGAAUCAUUACAGACUGUGAAACCGACCGGAAUAGACGUCUUGGCCAUCAUUUACGACCCGGAAGAGAAGGCGUUUCAGAGAUGGUUGUUCGAAACGCGUCCCGACAUUUCGGGUCAGGGACAACUCGGGUCGCGACAAUUCGGGUCGACGACACCUCGGGUCAACGACAUUUCGGGUCAACGAUGCCGUUUAAUAUUUUCGCUUCGGGACUGGGAAAAAAGAAUUUUUUGGUGAAUUUGAGAAAUUUUUUAAAUGUUUUCGCUUCGGGACUUGGAAAAAAGAUUUUUUUGGAGAGUUUGAACAAAUUUUUGAAAUGUUUUCGCUUCGGGACGUGGGAAAAGGAUUUUUUGUUCUGAAUGUUACAAUUUUAUUUUACAUAAGGUACGAAUGUUAUUUCUUUAAUUUUUUAGAUAAACAGUUAUUUUAGGGGUAAUUGAGGUUUAUUUUACAUUUUUUUUGGGAAAAAGGUGUUUAUAAGCGACGAGCAAAUAAAAAAAUCGUUAUGUGCAUACAAUCAUUACGACUAUCUUCUUACUCCACUCUCUGGCACUGUCUGCGUUUAAACCCCGUGCUUCCAGUUAAAAACAUAAACAACGGAUACGAUUUUCUUAUUUGCUCGUCGCUUAUACACUAUUUCCCUAAAAAAUUUAAAAAAUAAACCUCAAUUCUCCAAAAAAAUUUUUUUCCCCAGUCCCGAAGCGAAAACAUUUCAAAAAUUUGUUCAAACUCUUAAAAAAAUUCUUUUUCCCAAGUUCCAAAGCGAAAACAUCUAAAAAUUUUCUUCAAAUUCUUCAAAAAAUUCUUUUUUCCAAGUCCCGAAGCGAAAACAUUUCAAAAAUUUUUCAAAUUUGCCAAAAAAUUCUUUUUUUCCCAGUCCCGAAGCGAAAAUAUUAAACGGCAUCGUUGACCCGAAAUGUCGUUGACCCGAGGUGUCGUUGACCCGAAUUGUCGCGACCCGAGUUGUCCCUGACCCGAAAUGUCGUAGCGCCGUUCGAAAAUGGAACUAAAACAAGGUGGGAUAUCCACAAAAAUUCUUAUAAAAAUUCUUAGAGAAUCCUUUGUUGCCCUGUAAAUUACUUUCUACCAAUUUGUGAGUAAUUUUUGCACAUUUUUGACCCUUGUUGCAGAAUGCCAAGAUUGGUGGGAAAUUCGAAAUUGAAUUUUUUUAGUCAUGCAGCACGUUCGGUCCAAAUAGAAGAAAAGCCGCAGUUGAGAUGGGAUCCCGAGCUGCGCCCGCGAUUUGUAAUUCGUAGGGGCAAUCUUAUACGAAGAAAGACCAAAUUUUGCAAUGAUUGCCUCAGGGCUCUAAAAAUUCAUACACAAAAUAUUAUUUUAACGUAGAUCCGAUAUACCAAGUAUCAUCUUUCUGUCGCUGUCUAUCUUCGACUUUGGAUAAAUAUCAGAUUUUGCCUGUUUUGAGCCUGCUUUUGUACCCAUUUUUUGACCACUUUUUGGCUUGUAAUGAUAAAAGUAAGAUAGUUAUUCGAAAUAUCGCUCUUUGAUGUUCUAGAGAGCCUUUUUGUGUAACCCUUUUAGGUAAUGCCAGACCUUAGUGGUGUCCCCCCUUUUCAAAACGUUUGCUCCAAUGACGUCAAUUUUAGGCCAAAUUUUGCUGAUUUUUCGAAAUUUCUGCUUAUAUUUUUUUUCAGAAGUCCUUUAUCGAAAAAAUCGCGAUUUGAGUGUUUAGAGAAGAGCCUUGUCGAUGCACAGAAAGUUGCAUUUUCAUUCAACGACCAAUAGUUUUUUCAAAACGUUUGCUUCAAUGAGGUACACUUUGGGGAAAUUUUGCUGAUUUUUGCAUAUUUCUGUCUAGUUCUCAGACGAGUUUGAAAAGAUGCAUUUUAGAGGAAAAUUAGAUUGGAAAAUGGUGUGUUCAAAGAAUUAGACGUUUAAAAAAAGUUUCGGUGUUCUCUGAUUCAUCAAUAUCUUCAUCGAUUUGGCUUGUGUCAAUCCCAAACUCGUCGUAUAGUACCGUCCGUUCGUGUGCCCACCGCAGUAAGCUGUCUGCCUGUAAAGAGGGGGUUUUAAUACCGUUUUUCUUUAUUCUCGUUAUUAACGCCUGUUUUGCUUUUAGUUUAUACUUAACGCUUUUUGCUGGGCUAACAAUUUUCUUAUAGAUGUACUAUGUUGACGUCCAUUUUUCAAAAAUAUUUUAGUCGUUGAUGUAUAUGCCGGUUACUAAAUCUAAUCAUGCUGCUUGUCUACAAUUAAAGAUAAUUAUUUCCUCGACAAACGGCAGUAAAAAAGAUGCAGACAGAAAUAUGCAAAAAUCAUCAAAUUUUCCACAAAGUGUACCUCAUUGAAGCAAACGUUUUGAAAAAACUAUUGGUCGUUGGAUGAAAAUGCAAGUUUCUACACAUCGACAAGGCUGUUCUCUAAACCGUCAAAUCGCGAUUUUUUCCAUAAAGGACUUCUGAAAAAAAAUAUAGGCAGAAAUUUCGAAAAAUCAGCAAAAUUUCCCCAAAGUGUACCUCAUUGGAGCAAACGUUUUGAAAAAACUAUUGGUCGUUGGAUGAAAAUGCAAGUUUCUAUACAUCGACAAGGAUCUUCUCUAAACACUCAAAUCGCGAUUUUUUCGAUAAAGGACUUCUGAAAAAAAUAUAGGCAGAAAUUUCGAAAAAUCAGCAAAAUUUGGCCUAAAAUUGACGUCAUUGGAGCAAACGUUUUGAAAAGGGGGGACACCACUGAGGUCUGGCAUUACCUAAAAGGGUUACACAAAAAGGCUCUCUAGAACAUCAAAGAGCGAUAUUUCGAAUAACUAUCUUACUUUUAUCAUUACAAGCCAAAAAGUGGUCAAAAAAUGGGUACAAAAGCAGGCUCAAAACUAGGCAAAAUCUGAUAUUUAUCCAAAGUCGAAGAUAGACAGCGACAGAAAGAUGAUACUUGGUAUAUCGGAUCUACGUUAAAAUAAUAUUCUGUGUAUGAAUUUUUAGAGCCCUGAGGCAAUCAUUGCAAAAUUUGGUCUUUCUUCGUAUAAGAUGUCCCCUACGAAUUACAAAUCGCGGGCGCAGCUCGGGAUCCCAUCUCAACUGCGGCUUGGACCGAACGUGGCAGGGCCUUCCUAUUGUGGCUCAACGAAGAAAUGUUCUAUGGGCUCUUUACAAAAACAUUUUUUCACAGAUAAAAUGGUUGUUUUGAUCUUUUUUUCAGCAAUCUUACAAUUUUCAAACUCACUGACGAACAAGCAAGAACCCUCAAACGCUAUCGUAUUUUUGUACAAACCCGAGGUGAAGAGUUCGAAACAGGAGGGUAUUUCGCAUACGGUGAUGGAAAGGAAAUGUAAGUAAUUUCAAAAAAUUUUUUGCAAUCACCUUUUUGGCAAAACUUUGUUGAUACGACGCCCCGAUUUCCGUAAAAUUUUGCGUCGAUGCCAGUUAUUUUUGAUUUCCUUAUUUGUUCAGUGUUGCCGCAAUCCACAACGACUUACUGAUCCGUGAGGCCGAAGGUUCUGUCUACUACUUAAUGGGCGAUUAUAUGUACCGUGUUUCGUCGGAUGCGGUCAAUGAUUUGCAACGAAUGUAUAUCAGAAAUCACACCAAAGCUGGGGAUGGGGUCUGGACCGACAUUAUGGACAGUAGCAUCCUCUCUUGGAAUGACAUUAUCACACCGAGAAAUGAUAAGCAGGCCUUUAACUUUAUUCUCGAAAGCCAGCCGAAUGUCUGUUAUCAGGAGGACAGUCCGGAUAAGGAAUGGACGAAGACCAAAAGUUGUGAGCCUAUUUACCCGGUCCUGGAGAAGAAUGGGAAAACUGAGUGGUAUUCGCUGGUAAAUUUUUGAUUUUUUAGACCGUCCUUUUUUGGACUGAGGGGUUAUUUUCGUAUUUUAGAAAGUAAUCCGCAUGAUUUACCCGGCAUGUGUCUCAGAUCUGGAUGACACCCUCACCAACAACACAUAUUUCCGGCUGACCAACGUUUUCAUUCCUGAGUGAGCCGGUUUUACGUUUUUUAUCACGUUUACGAUUUUUUUCAUUUUGCCUUUUUUUGCAUGAUGCACAGUGCAGAAUCUUUUUUAUGGAUUGCACGGUGUGAAGAAAUUUUUCCAAUUGCACAGUGCGAACGGAAAAUUUACCGCAAAUUAAUUGCACCGUGAAAAGUAUUUUUUUUUAAAUCUUUUCCAUUUCAGAGAAAAAGGAGAGGAAGAGAGUAAAAGUGUCAUCUACAUAAUUGUUGGGGUCCUCGUUUUUCUCCUUCUGAUCUGUUGCAUCACCGCCCUGAUUCUUCUGCUUCUUUGGAGGAGACGAGUAAGUUAGUCCCUGAAAUGUUAUAAAAGUCUCAUUUUUAUGCGGUUUUGACCGUUUUGAUCUCCUAAAUUGUUUCAGAAGCAACUCGAGAGGGAGUUGGAUAUCUAUGAAGUAACCUGUGUUGAGCCAAGCGAAGAUUCUUCAUCUAAAUCAGGAACGAAUAGUUAUACGGCUAGAUCCCCGAGAAAAAAAUCGAAGGAAUUUGUGAACAUAGAGACGGUCAAGGGAGAUGCCAACAACGUGCAAAUGAAAGAGAAAAAGAGCAAUGAGAAGUUAAGCGACAGCGGAGAAACUAAUGUUACUAUGCAGUUCAUAAAGGUGAGGCUAAGAAAAUGGCUUUCUGGCUGUUUCAAAUUGAUUGGCAUAAUUCACAAAAAAAUUUCAGAAACCGGCCCCAACUCUCCGAAAGAAGUUAAAAGGGCCGCUGAUCCCGGCCAAGGAAAAGGUAAAUGUUGACAAGAACCUCCGGAUAUCGAAUGAGAAGGAGGAAGCCUCCAGGUCUGCUUUUGUAAAACGACAGGACAGACCUUGGCUGAUUGCUGAUAAAAACGCCGAACUGUUUGCCAAAAUCCCGAACGAGAAAGAAGAAGCCUCCAGAUCCGCUAAUUCUCAACGGAAGGAGAAACCCUGGCUGAUUGCCGAUAAGAAUGCCGAACUCUUUGCCAAAAUCACGAAUGAGAAAGAAGAGGCCUCCAGAUCUCCUAAUUCUCACCGGAAGGAGAAGCCCCGUCCAAUUACUGAGAAGAAUGCCGAAGUCUUUCCCAGGAAAGGGCCUGAUCUCGAUCUCCGCCGAAAAUCUGAUCGUUCGCAAUUGUUGUGA